GUUCCACGCUCAGUGUGGAGCCCAUUGCUGGGCUCAAUCUCAUGAACCUGGGAUUAGGACCUGAGCCGAAAUCAAGAGUCAGAUGCUUAACCGUCUGAGCCACCCAGACGCCCCUGUCUACCAUUAGUUUUUAUGUUAACAUGUCACAGUUACUAUUUCUUUUAUGUUCUACCGUUUUUAAUUGAUUCCAAUCUUGUUUGCUCAUUGUUCGUUAACACAUCUUCCCUUUCUGACAGUAGCAGUUUUUGUGGUUUCAUCUUUUUUGUUCCUGUAUUCAUUACUUAUUUUUCAGCUACCUAUUUAACAUCUUUUUUCAACUUUCAUCUUCUUUAUCGUUGACCGUCAUUUCAGUGAUCCUAACCCCAAUGCUUUGCUAUUGGUAUAGGAAUAUUAAAAAUACUUUCCUAAUAUUUGUCUCCUUGACAAGUAAACUAAGUUGCUAUAUGUAUUCACAGUCAUCUCAUAACUUUUCUUUUUAUCAUUAUUAUUAUUAUAGGGGUUUUUGUUUGUUGAGUACUGGAUUGAUUCAAAACUAGCUUCAAAGUCAGAAAACAUGGUAUUAGUGCCAUUGAUGACACAUUGGUUUUUCUGUUUUGGCCACUGAUGGCUAAAAUCAUUUCCUCUGCCAGUUGACCUCUCAGAAGUUAUAGUAUGUAUGGUAACAGUAUUUUCCCCGUGUUUUACUUUGGAAACUUGGAAACAUGCAGCAAAGUUGAAAGUGUUCUGCAUUGGACACAAUAUGCCUGCCAUCUAGAUUUUACUAUUAAUACUUACCUUGUAUUAUCACAUAUCCAUCCUUCUGUCCAUCAUUCCAUCUUUAUUUUUUCAUGCAUUUCAAAGUUAAUUGCUGACCUCAGUGCCCUUCUCCCCAAGGGUGAAACUAAUUUUUAAAAGACUUCUGUCCAGUUUUCUAGAGUAACUCUGGCCCUCUAUAUGUAAUUUAUUCCAUAGGACAUUUAUUUGUAGAACUGUCUCACUGAGCCAUGGAAGUAAAAUAAAUAAAUAGAAAGUGUUGUCUGAUUGAUUGAUUGAUUGAUUUUUGAGAGAGAGAGACAGAGCACAAGUGGGGGAGGGGCAGAGAGAGAGAGAGAGAGCGAGCGAGCGCGGGAGGGAGGGAGACUCAGAAUCUGAAACACGUUCCAGGCUCAGAGCUGUCAGCACAGAGCCCGACACAGGGCUCAAACCCAUGAACUGUGAGAUCAUGAUGUGAGCCAAAGUUGGACUCUUCACCGACUGAGCCACCCAGGUGCCCCAAUGUUGUCUAUUUUAAAUGCAUAUUUUCAGUUGUCUACUUUGAGAGCUUUCUCAUCAGAUCUCACUUGGCCCUCCUCCAUUAUUGACUCCAUAAGAAAAGUCCAUGAAAUGUGAAAAAAAUACAGAAUAUAGAAAAUAAGUCAUAUUUUUAACUUUUUGAGAAGCCCCCAUACUGUUUUCCAGAGUGGCUGUACCAGUUUGCAUUCCCACCAGCAGUGCAAGAGGGUUCCCCUUUCUCCACAUCCUCACCAACACCUGUUGUUUCUUGUGUUGUUGAUUUUAGCCAUUCUGACACAUGUGAGGCAGUGCCACAUAGUAGUUUUUGAUUUGUAUUUCCCUGAUGAUGAGUGAUGUCGAACAUCUUUUCCUGUGUCUGUGGGCCACCUGGAUGUCUUCCUUGGGAAAAUAUCUAUUCAUGUCUUCUGUCCAUUUUUAGAUUGGAUUAUUGGGUUUUUGGAUGUUUUAUAAGUUCUUUAUAUAUUUUGGAUACUAACCUUUUAUCAGAUAUGCGAUUUGGAAAUAUCUUCUCCCAUUCUGUAGGCUGCCUUUUAGUUUUGUUGGUUGUAUCCUUCACCAUGCAGAAGCUUUUAUUUUGAUGAAGCCCAAGUAGUUUAUUUUUGCUUUUGUUUCCCUUGCCUCAGGAGACAGACCUAGAAAGAAGUUGCUACGACCAGUGUCAAAGAGGUUACUGUGUGUUCUCCUAUAGGAUUUUUAUAGUUUCAAUUGUACUACCAGGUAUUGAACCAGAGAAUGCAGAAACACUAAUUCAAAGGGAUACAUGGCACCUUGAUGUUUAUAGCAGCAUUAUCUAAAAAGGAAAACUUAUGGAAACAGCCCAGAUAUCUAACAACUGAUGAAUACAUAAGGAAGAUGUGGCGUAUAUACACAAUGGAAUAUUACUCAGCCAUAAAAAAGAAUGAAAUCUUGCCAUUUGCAGCAACAUUCAUGGCGCUAGAGAGUAUUAUGCUAAGUGAAAUAAGCUGGAGAAAGACAAAAUACCAUAUAAUUUCACUCAUGUAGAAUUUAAGAAACAAAACAAACAUGGGGGGGGGGCAUUGCAAGAGAGGAAAACCAAGAAGCAGACGCUUAAUUAUAGAGAACAAACUGAUGGUUACAAGAGGGGAGGUGGGUAGAGGGGAUUGGUGGUCGGGAUUUACAAGUGCACUUGUGAUGAGCACCAAGUGUUGUAUGGAAGUGUUGAAUCCUUCUAUUGUACACUUGAAAUUAAUACUGCACUGUAUGUUAACUAACUGGAAUUUAAAUAAAAACUUAAAAAAAAAAUAAGCCCUAGCCCGUAUUGUAGUUUUGAUUAUGAAUAGCAGAUAGGGGUCACUAGAGGGGUCUGGUUAGGGAAGGAUCUCUCUUCGUUUCUUUCCUUUUUGUUAUCUCCUUUUCUUCCUUUUCUUUUUUUCUCUUCUCCUUCCAUUUUCUCUCUUUCUCUCUCUUUUAAUCAUAGUUGGGGAAAAAAGUACAUAUUUUGCUGCAUUGAUUUGUUGAGGGGAAAGAGUGAGCCGACCAUGUGAUGAUAAGGAAAUGUCACUGGAGAGCAAGGAACACAGACUCUAAAUUAAGAGUUGGGAAAUUUUUUCUGUAAGGGGCCAGGUGGUAUUUAUUUUAGGAUUUACAAGCCAUACAAUCUCUUUUAAAACUACUCAACUCUGUUGUUGUAGUGCAAAACAGCCAUAGACGAUAUAUAAAUUAUUGAGCUUGGCUAUGUUUUAAUAAGACUUAAUGGUGGUUUGUUUGUUUUUUAUGGCAGGCUAGAUUUGGCCCACAAGCUAUGAUUUGGUGACUCCUACUGUAUAGGGAUUAACCUUGUACAAGUUACUUAUAAAAAUGUCAUUAUUAGUGUACACAUUGCCAACAAAGAAGUCUUUUUUAAUGCUCUAUUAGAUGGGGAUACAGAAUUGGACAGAUAUAAUUCAGGGUGUCAUUGGUGUGAGGAAAGAAGAAAAAUGUUUAAAAUGGUUGAUUCCACUGAUCACCUGGAGGUUCUGGCAUGGCCUCCUUUCAGUCCUGUUUCAGCUGUGUAGCUGCUAUUUCUAUGUCCCGGGCAGAGAAGCAGACUGAAUAGAGAGGGCUACGUUCCCCUGUCUGGUAUUAAAUCUCCCCUUAAUGGUAUUUAAAACCCAAGUUUUUGAGUGAAGCCUGGGUUCAAAUCUCUUAUCAGAUGUGUGACUUGUGAUGUAACUGCUCUGAGCAUCAGCAGAAUGAGUUUUUCUAGCCAAUUCAUAAGCUUAUGAGGAUCUUAGUCAUAACAAUAAUAGCAGCUAACACAUGGCACUUACUAUAUCCCAGGCAGGGUUCUAACUAUGUAUAUUAACUCAUUUAAUUCUCUCACAGCCAUGGUAAUUGUAUACCAUCAUUUUAAUGAUGAAGAAGCUGAGACACAGAAAUGUUGUCAGUAAAUCAUUCAAGGCCACAUAGUUAAUAAGUGGCAGAGCCAACAUGUGAACUUGGGCAGUCUGGCUUCAUAGUGCAAGCUCUUAACUUCUAGGCUUUACUGCCUUCUAAGGAAGCGAGCAGCUGCAAAGCAUCUAAUAGAACGCUACUACCACCAGUUAACUGAGGGCUGUGGAAAUGAGGCCUGCACGAAUGAGUUUUGUGCUUCCUGUCCAACUUUUCUUCGUAUGGAUAACAAUGCAGCAGCUAUUAAAGCCCUCGAGCUUUAUAAGAUUAAUGCAAAACUCUGUGAUCCUCAUCCCUCCAAGAAAGGAGCAAGCUCAGCUUACCUUGAAAACUCGAAAGGUGCCCCUAACAACUCCUGCUCUGACAUAAAAAUGAACAAGAAGGAAGGACAAGGAGCAAGAGAUGAUUUUAGAGAUGUGACUUACCUAACAGAAGAUACGGUAUAUGAAAUUCUUGAAUUAUGUAGAGAGAGAGAGGAUUAUUCCCCUUUAAUCCGUGUUAUUGGAAGAGUUUUUUCUAGUGCUGAGGCAUUGGUACAGAGCUUUCGGAAAGUCAAGCAACACACCAAGGAAGAACUGAAAUCUCUUCAAGGAAAGGAUGAAGACAAAGAUGAGGAUGAAAAGGAAAAAGCUGCAUGUUCUGCUGCUGCUAUGGAAGAAGAUUCAGAAGCAUCUUCUUCAAGGAUAAGUGAUAGUUCACAAGGAGAUAACAACUUACAAAAAUUAGGCCCUGAUGAUGUGUCUGUGGAUAUUGAGGCCAUUAGAAGGGUCUACACCAGAUUACUCUCUAAUGAAAAAAUAGAAACUGCUUUUCUCAAUGCACUUGUAUAUUUGUCACCUAAUGUGGAAUGUGACUUGACAUAUCACAAUGUAUACUCUCGAGAUCCUAAUUAUCUGAAUUUAUUCAUUAUUGUAAUGGAGAAUAGAAAUCUCCACAGUCCUGAAUAUCUGGAAAUGGCUUUGCCAUUAUUUUGCAAAGCAAUGAGUAAGCUACCCCUUGCAGCCCAAGGAAAAUUGGUUAGACUGUGGUCUAAAUACAGUGCAGACCAGAUUCGCAGAAUGAUGGAAACAUUUCAGCAACUUAUUACUUACAAGGUCAUAAGCAAUGAAUUUAACAGUCGCAAUCUAGUGAAUGAUGAUGAUGCUAUUGUUGCUGCUUCAAAGUGCUUGAAAAUGGUUUACUAUGCAAAUGUAGUGGGUGGGGAAGUGGACACAAAUCAUAAUGAAGAAGAUGAUGAAGAGCCCAUCCCUGAGUCCAGUGAAUUGACACUUCAGGAGCUUUUGGGAGAGGAAAGAAGAAACAAGAAAGGUCCUCGAGUGGACCCACUAGAAACUGAACUUGGUGUUAAAACUCUGGACUGUCGAAAACCACUUAUCCCUUUUGAAGAGUUUAUUAAUGAACCACUGAAUGAUGUUCUAGAAAUGGAUAAAGACUAUACUUUUUUCAAAGUAGAAACAGAGAACAAAUUCUCUUUCAUGACAUGUCCCUUUAUAUUGAAUGCUGUCACAAAGAAUUUGGGAUUAUAUUAUGACAAUAGAAUUCGCAUGUACAGUGAACGAAGAAUCACUGUUCUCUACAGCUUAGUUCAAGGACAGCAGUUGAAUCCAUAUUUGAGACUCAAAGUCAGACGUGACCAUAUCAUAGAUGAUGCACUUGUCCGGCUAGAGAUGAUCGCUAUGGAAAAUCCUGCAGACUUGAAGAAACAGUUGUAUGUGGAAUUUGAAGGAGAACAAGGAGUUGAUGAGGGAGGUGUUUCCAAAGAAUUUUUUCAGCUGGUUGUGGAGGAAAUCUUCAAUCCAGAUAUUGGUAUGUUCACAUAUGAUGAAUCUACAAAAUUGUUUUGGUUUAAUCCAUCCUCUUUUGAAACUGAGGGUCAGUUCACUCUGAUUGGUAUAGUGCUGGGUCUGGCUAUUUACAAUAACUGUAUACUGGAUGUACAUUUUCCCAUGGUUGUCUACAGGAAGCUAAUGGGGAAAAAAGGAACUUUUCGUGAUCUGGGAGACUCUCACCCUGUCCUAUAUCAGAGUUUAAAAGAUUUACUGGAAUAUGAAGGGAAUGUAGAAGAUGACAUGAUGAUCACUUUCCAGAUAUCUCAGACAGACCUUUUUGGUAAUCCAAUGAUGUAUGAUCUAAAGGAAAAUGGUGAUAAAAUUCCAAUUACAAAUGAAAACAGGAAGGAAUUUGUCAAUCUCUAUUCUGACUACAUUCUCAAUAAAUCAGUAGAAAAACAGUUUAAGGCUUUUCGGAGAGGUUUUCAUAUGGUGACCAAUGAAUCUCCCUUAAAAUAUUUAUUCAGACCAGAGGAAAUUGAAUUGCUUAUAUGUGGAAGCCGGAAUCUAGACUUCCAAGCACUAGAAGAAACUACCGAAUAUGAUGGUGGCUAUACCAGGGACUCUGUUCUGAUUAGGGAGUUCUGGGAAAUUGUUCAUUCAUUUACAGAUGAGCAGAAAAGACUCUUCUUGCAGUUUACAACAGGCACAGACAGAGCACCUGUGGGUGGACUAGGAAAGUUAAAGAUGAUUAUAGCCAAAAAUGGCCCAGACACAGAAAGGUUACCUACAUCUCAUACUUGCUUUAAUGUCCUUUUACUGCCGGAAUAUUCAAGCAAAGAAAAACUUAAAGAAAGAUUGUUGAAGGCCAUCACUUAUGCCAAAGGAUUUGGCAUGCUGUAAAAAAAAAAGAAGAAGAAGAAGAAGAAAGAAGAAGAAGAAGAAGAAGAAGAAGAAGAAGAAGAAGAAAAAAUGAAAAAAGAAAAAAAAAGGAAAUUUAAAAUUUUAAUACAUAUAACAAGAGGGAUAAAAUUGGUGGUGAUAGUGUCCCAGUACAAAAAGGCUGUAAGAUAGUGAACCACAGUAGUCACCUAUGUCUGUGCCUCCCUUCUUUAUUGGGGAUAUAUGGGCUGGAACAGCAGAUUUCAGCUACUUAUAUGAACAAAUCCUUUAUUAUUAUUAUUAUUUUUUUUUUUUUUUUUUUUGGUGUGAAAGUGUUACUUAUUCUUUCACUUGUAUGUACAGAGAGGUUUUUCUGAAUAUUUAUUUUAAGGGUUAAAUCACUUUUGCUUGUGUUUAUUACUGCUUGAGGUUGAGCCUUUUUGAGUAUUUAAAAAAUAUAUACCAACAAAACUACUCUCCCAAGGAAAAUAUUCCCACCAUUUGUAGACUGUGUAACCUUCAAGUAUGUGCUAUUUUGUCCCUGUAUCUAACUCAAAUCAGGAACUGUGCUUUUUUUUUUUUUUUUAAAACAAUUUGCUUUGAAACUUGAAGUCUUGAAAACAGUGUGAUGCAAUUGCUGCUGUUCUAGUCCCCAAAGAGUUUUCUGUGCAAAAUCUUGAAAUCAAUAAAGAUGGAAGGGAGAACUUGGAAUGUUUUAACUGCAGCCCUCAGAACUUUACUUUAGAAACAGCACAACAAAUUAAAAACAACUCAUGCCACAGUAUGUCGUCUUCAUGUGUCUUGCAAUGAACUGUUUCAGUAGCCAAUCCUCUUUCUUAGUAUAUGAAAGGACAGGGAUUAUUUUGUUGUUGUUGUUGUUGUUGUUGUUGUUGUUGUUAUUGUUGUUGUUUUAAGUUUACUGGGGAAAAGUGCAUUUGGCCAAAAGAAAUGGUAGUCAAGCCUGUUGCAAGAAAGUUAGGAAGUUUGUUGUUUAUUAUAAACUCGAAGCAUGUGAAAGUGCACUUAAAAUAAAUUUUUUAUUAAUUACUUAUUACCUGCAUUUUAAAUAGACAAUCCAAAGUCUUCCCUUCAUGUUGCCAUCAUCUUGUCUAAUCAGCCAUUUUAUCAAGGCACAUGAUCAGUGUUGCAACAUAAUGGAAAGGAUGGCUAUUGUGCCUUGUUUUACCUAAUCAUACAUUAAGCAGACCUGGAAGUGAAUGGAACUAUUACUCUUAAGUCCUAUCUACAUUGUAUAUCCCCAAAGAUUAAGUUUUACUUCAAAAAGUAAGUGUUAAAUAUUACUUUCAUGUACUAUGGAAAAGUACAAAUACGUUUAAAUUACUGGAAGUUCAGAAGUAAGUAGUUUCCCCUUUCUAGUCUUCUGUGUCUGUGGUGUUAAUUUGUUUUAUUGCAAUAUAAAAUAAAAGGAUUAUGUAUUUUUAACUAAGGAGAAACAUAUUGAUAUAUCCUUUUACUACAAGCUACAUACAGCUAAUGUGCUGAGCUUGUGCUUUGAUGAUUGUUUUAACAGACUACGAUCAGCUGAUGAUUUGUUUGCAAUUGACAGGAAAAAUACAGCUUUUCAAAUCACUGGAGGGGAAAAAGGAUGUCUUUGAGGAUUAUUUUAAUUAUUUUAGUAAUUGAAACACAUCUGUUAUGUACCAUAUUGCUAAAUAAAGCGGUAACAUUUUUCAUCAUAAUUUAGUGGAAAAAGAAAAUAAUGCUUUCCAUCUUGUGAUAAGGUAACGUUUUUGUUUUUUGUUUUUUUCUGGGCCAGCCUUUAGAACACUGUUAAGGUAUGUACACUACCUUGAUGCAAGGGACUCUCAUGCUACUACAGUUAUCUUAAAGAGUGUCUCAUCCAUGUGCUUGUGUAUAAUGAAAGUGAGAAGGAGAGAAAUAAAAUACUCUGGGGGCAUUUUAUAAUAAAUUCGUGAAGAAAUGUGUGCUCUUCAGUUCUCAAAUUCUAUUAUCACAGUAUUGAAGUUCUACAAUUGUAUUAACAUAUCUGUAUGAAGUCUGUGAAUGGUAAUUGAGUAUAGGUUAUCAGAUAUAGAAUUCACAUCAAAUAGACUUUUAACAAACAGUUCAAAAUAAACCUACCCUUAAAAAUAUUCUAAGAGAAAAAGUCAUUGGUUGUCCAUAGUAGCCUCUCUCACUUGCUUAAUAAUUAUCCUGGGCAUGUUACCACUUCUUAUCAUUGCCUCCUGUUCACUACUGUUUACCAGAAUGCCACUGAACAAUAUCUCAAGGAAGAGGAAAACAGAAAUUUUGACUAAUGACUACUUACUCUACCCCAAAUGUCAUAUUAUUAAAGCACAUUUUUGCCUGGACACUCUUACAUAUUUUGGUUAUCUGUCAAUCAGCCUACAGUCUCCCAAGAAGUUCUGGGACAAAAUGAACCAUAAACUAAAAUAAUUAAAUUUCCAAAUGGAAACUUUGUGUUUAAUAUUUUAUUAUUUUAGAAAAUUCCAAACAUGCAAUAUAAAAAUACAACUUGAAGCCAAAUUUUCCCGGAGCCUGGCAGCUUCAGCAAAUGAGUUAGAUUUCCUGACCCUAUACUGUAUACUACUUUCCUGGGUUGUGGUUAAUUGUGUGAUAAAAUACAAUUACAACUUCCCUAGCCUCGUUUGGGGAUACAAACUUGUGCAGGAAAGAUAAAUAUCCAAACAAAAAACAACUUGAAAAUGAGGCUUCAAACUGAACUGCUGAUGUUAUUCAUUCAUAGUUGUGACCUAGCAAUGUCAUUCCCUUUCCUAUAAGAACACAACUGUGCUGGGGUUUUAAGCCCCUUUGGGAUUUUUCUCAGUUUCAUAGUCUGUUACAGGAAGGACUGUUUUCCCGAGGCUACUCUAUUUGUAGUCUUGAUCCCCUUGCUAUCUAUCUAUCCAUCCUGUCAUCUAUGUAUCUAUCUAAUCUAUCUUUUUUUUUUUUUUUUAACCUUACCACCUUUUUUACCUUCCAUAGCUUCUUAAGGAACAUCUCUACCCCUCCCACCCCUUCCCUGAGCCACCAAAGAAUUCAAAAACAAGCUUCUAUUUUACUCCCUCUUGUCUUCCUCUACUCAGUGUCAUUAGUCUAUAAAGAAUUUCUUGAGGAGGACAGAGUGUCAAAUGCAAAGUCCCAAAGCUUUUUCCUCUUCCCUGUUCAAAUCCAGUAGGUUGGCUUUUGUUAAAAAAAAAAACAAAACAAAACACUACUGAAAGAUUUUAAUGCAAAUGUCUGAGAAAUGCUGCUAAUCCAUUUCUGUCAUACUGAAAAUGCUGUCCUGAAGAAUGCUCAUAACCUGAAUUGCCAGUAAGGGCUCUAAUCUUGCCAACAACUUGAACUUAAUUAGCCUGUUCUUUGGUUCCUUUUUUUGGUUGGAUGUAUACUGUCCAGAUCUUGGAUGGAUACUAUAAUUAAAGUUCUUGUCUUUACUUGCCCAAUUCUCUCUGGUCAACCUCAAUGACUCCUUAAGAUUCUUGCCUAAAUCCCUAUUUUCUGUUCAGACCCUAGCCCCAGGAUUUCUUUCUGGCACCUCAAAGUCAAUACCAAAACUUAAUCUUGCAUCUCUACCUACUAUUGUUUCUCCCUUUAAAGGGUCAUUUUCAACCCAGUCACCAAAAUCCUUCAUCCCUCAGUUGUCACAGCUUGUAUCCGUUCUUUUCCCUCCAAUCUUCCCAGCUGUUCAUUCCUCCAUCCUACUUCCUUUCAAGUCCUGGUCCAUUGAAUCACCUGGUUGGUCUUGGUAGCUUUCUAACUAACCACCCUGACUGUAACCUCUUCCAGUCUUUCAUUCUGCUAAAAUGCAGUUUUGCUUAUUUAAAUAACUUCUGCCUCAAAAUUUAUUCCCUUUAGAAAUAUUUCUCAAGCUUGGCGUCUAAAGCCCUCCAUAGACUGAGCCCCACAUACUUUUCCACUUUUGCCUUUUAUUAUGGGCACUUCUCUCCCUGCAUCCCCACCCAGCAUCUACAUUUGUGCCUAAUCAUUUUUAUAUUUCUCAAAUACCCUUCAAAACCAAAAUUUAAAAAGUACCUCACCCAUAAAAACUUCAUUGACCCCCAAAGUGCUCAUGUGACCUCACAGCAGCCCACGCUUUCAUGGUAGCACAGCACGGUGGGGCACAUUUCUUUUUUGAACAGUGAAGGGAGAAUGGAAUUUUCCCCCCAUAACAAUUACCUAGAAUGUGUGCCAAUUCAUGGUAAAGAUUAUGGGUUUUUGUUUUGUUUUUGUUUUUUUUUAUCCUCUCUCCACCAGCUUGUCACUACGUGAAUGAUUGAAAAUGACUCAGCAUGCAAUAGAAUAUUCAAUGUAGCUUCCUGUUUUUUCACUAAAGGUGGCUUCUGCAUCCUUGUCUUCCCACACUUCUCCCCCCAAAAAAAGGCUUUUCUAGGGGUGCCUGGGUGGCUCAGUCAGUUGAGCCUCCUACUUCGGCCAGGUCAUGACCUCAUCGUUCGUUGAGUUCGAGCCCCACGUCGGGUUCUGUGCUGACAGCUUGGAGCCUGCUUCAGAUUCUGUGUCUCCCUCUCUGCUCCCACCCUGCUCACGCUCUGACUCUCGAAAAUAAACAUUAAAAAUAAAAGUUUUUAUUUUUGAAUAUUUUAAUGUUUUGUGACUGAAGGACUUUCUCCUUGGGGCAGUGUCUCCCCAGAAUCACUGGCUGUGUUUCAACUCAUGGAAAGAUAAGUUAGUGAGAGGGGGAGGAUGAAAAGGACAGAUUCCUUGAGAGCAAGAAUAUGGGACUUUCCCAGCCCUGCCCUUUGGAUGUGCUCUGACAACGAGAAGCCUCUGUGCAGCCUUGCUGAGGCCACACUCCUUUCCCAGUGGAGAUGGAGGCAGGCAUCACAUCAUCCCACUGUUGCCAGCUCCUCAUGUCUAUCAAGGAGCAAACUGCCAAAUACUAUGCAUUUAUACUAAAUGAAGCACCACAAUGAAUGCCUGUUUUUCCCAGAACCUCAUAACCAUUACUACAAGUCACCAUCAAGUCAGGAUUCUUAAGUGCAUUUGAGCAGGAUGUGGAAUAAUUAUCCUAGCUAUCUUCUGGUCUUUAAGAAACCAUAGAAAAUGGGAUAAGCAUGUGACUGGUAGAGGUACACAGCUGUUGAGGGUGCAGCCUUCAGAGUCAAAUGACUGGUUCUCAGUCCUGGCCCUGUCCUGCCCUCAGCUUGGAUUCUGAUAUCCAAGCUUACCUCAUUGCUGGUUAUCAGGAUUCAGCAAAGUUGAGAUAACAGAUGCUAGACAGCCUUAUGCAAAACAUCCUGAGAGACUGAGAUUCUCAAUAGUUGCCAAUUAAGAGCAGAGUCCAUGGAGAAGUUGAAGAUAAUUUAUAGUGAAGAUUUCUUUGGCAAGAGUUGACCCUCCCUCAUCCAAUAAAAGUCACCAUUUUAAUGUGCGCAAUUAGUUGCUUUUAGAAUGUUCACAAAAUUGUGCAACUAUCACCAUUUUAUACAAAGCAUUUUUAUCACUGUAAAAAAAAUAAAAUUCCUGUACCCAUUAGGAGUGGCUGUUUAUUCUCCCCUCACUACUUCCCCAAUCCCACCCCCACCCCCCCACCUCCCACCAAAGCCCCUGGUAACCGCCAAUCUUUCUGUCUAUAGAUUUGCCUACUUGGGACAUUUCAUGUCAAUGGAAUCGUGCAAUAUGUGGCCUUUGUAUAUGACUUUUUUUCCCACUUAGAACAAUGUUUUCAAGGUACAUCUAUGUUGCAGCAUGUAUCAGUACUUCAUUUCUUUCUAUGGCUGAAUAUUUCAUUGUAUUUAUAUGCCAUAUUUUGGUCAUUCAUUUGAUGGAUAUUUGUGUUUCUGCUUUUUGGCUAUUAUAAAUACUACUACUAUGAA